AUGAAACCAAUGUACCCCCUUGAGACAGUGGCAGGGAAAGAGAUUGUGAUUGACUACACUGACAUGACGAACAGGGUACAGGGUUGCAGGUAUUUGCUGGUGUGUGUGGAUUCCUACACUGGAUGGCCAGAGGCCAUGCCCGCAAAAAAUGAAGACGCUCAGACCGUAAUUAAAUUUCUAAUCAACCAAUACAUUCCCCAGCAUGGGUUCCCUGAAAGGAUAAAGUCAGAUAAUGGUUCCCAUUUCAAAAACAAAGAUUUGCAAAAGGUGGAACUCAUGUUGGGGCUAAAGCAUAAAUUUGGCUCCGUAUACCACCCUGAAUCUCAAGGCAAGGUAGAAAGGAUGAACCUGACCUUAAAAAACAAAAUGUCUAAAAUAUGCAACCAAACAGGGAUGAAUUGGCUGCAAGCCCUCCCCCUGGCUCUCAUGUCGAUAAGAAUGUCAGUAAACAGUAGGACAGGCCUCUCACCAUAUGAGCUACAAACAGGGAGGUGUUUCCCGGGGCCCUGGUCUCAGCUUCCACUUACUGAGCCUUCACCUGUAACCAUUUCUCACAAAGCCUUUUUCCGCCAGCUACAGGGCACAGUCUCUUUGUUUUCUAAACAGGUGACUGCAGCACACCCAGACGCAGAAACCAAAACUCCUCCAGACGCUGAGUGGGUGCUCCUGAAAGUAAUCAAAAGGAAGUGUUCUGAACCUCGCUGGCAGGGGCCAUUCAGAGUGACGGCGAGAACAUCCCACGCAGUGCAGCGCGAGGGAAAAGGUAAACAGUGGUACCACUGGAGCCAGUGUGCUACUGCCCAGGAGCCAGGCCGCUCCACCAAGGAAGUAGCCAGAGAUCUGGCUGCCAGCGCGGAGGGCUCUCCGCCAGACACUAGGGAAAAAGAGGCAGAAUAAUCCUCUCCAGUGUCCAACGAGGUCCAGGGUAGUCCACCCCUGUGACCUGAAGAAGAGAAUCACCAGGAAGAGAGGUGAAACAAGCGCUCUCUUCCCUACAAGU